UAUUUUUUAUAUUUACCUCCUCAGUGAUUGGCUGAUCGACCAGCACUCCUCAGAUCAGCGCUGUGAUUGGUCCCGAAGCGCGCCUCAACAGUCAGCGCCUGCGCAGUGACCGCAGCGCUGAAAUUCAAAUUUGAACAGACGUUGUUUUGAACAGAAGAGCAGCAGUGACGGAGAGAGACGCAAGGAGCGUGGGGACAGUCUGUGCUUCUGUGCAAGAUUUUAUUAAGAAAUACUUUGUUUGAAAGAAAGAAAAAACAUUUUCAAGCGAGGUCUACUGCCAAAAAUGGACCCGUUUACUGAGAAACUACUGGAGCGGACUCGAGCUCGCAGGGAGAACCUGCAGAAAAAACUGGCCGAGAGGCCGACUGCUGCCAGCAGACAGAUGGUCAAAAGACCCCGGGAGCCUCUGACCGACACCAAGAACAUCAGCAUCAGCGUGGCCGUCCCUGAAACAGUUGUGCAGGUUUCGUCCAAGCCCUCCCCUUCAAAGCGAAGGUGCUCUGAGGAAAAUGCUCAACCUUCAGUCAAUGAGGAGAAUCGAGAGCCGGUGGUUCCACGAGCUGGAGCUCCUGAGCUCCCAGAUCCUCCCACAGACAAGAAACCCCCCAUAGGUCCUGCUGGGAUUCGGUAUUCCCUGGAGAAGGCUGCAGCUCGGCCUGCGGUCCAGUCUGAACCUCUGAAGCAGCCGGAGUCGGAGAAGACGCCUGCUCCUCCUGAUCUUUCGAGCAGCAGAGAGGCUCACGUGGAGGCUACGGGUUCAGUUCAUCAAAGAAUGGAGGAAGAUGCAGCUCCUGCUGGAGGCAUGAAAUCGCGACUGCAGCAGUUGGCAGAACAGAGAAAGUGUUGGGAUGGCAUCGCCGAUGCAGACUGCACACCUGUGUUGCUGGUGAAGAGGGACGGUGAAGUUGCACCUCCUGCUGCUCCAGCCCCCUCUUCGGACAUGGCUGUGGGGCGGAGGGGCAGGCUGGCCAACCUGGCGGCCACCAUCGGGUCCUGGGAAGAUGAUCUGAGUCACGUCAACGUCCCCCGGGAGAAGCCAGCAGCUGCCGUGAACUCCAACAAACCAAAUGUUGGUGCGAACCUCGGCAAACCAAAUGCUACCGUGAACCUGAGCAAACCAACCGUUGCCGUGAGCGCCACAGAAAAGUCCAACUUCAAGCAGGGGGAUGUUCAGUCUCCAGUCAAGCCCAAUCGAGUGAUUCUUCCAAGUUCUCAAAAGGCAGACUUCCCUCCACCAAAACCCACACUUCAGCCAGCACAAAGUCCCCUGAAGAGCUCUACUCGGGGAGCAGCCUCCACAUCAACUACACACAGCGGCUGUUCCUCCUCAGCAUCAGUACCACAGAGCCCCCUGAAGAACCAGAUCCCCUCCAGAGGUCUCAACACCUUCACUCCCCUUCAUGACAAACCCUCUUCUGGCUCGACAGCCCAUCAGGAGAAGCUUCCUGCUGGAACUCCUGGUGUGAAGUCUUUCCUGGAGCGCUUUGGGGAGAGAUGUCAUGAGCGUAUGCAUCAGACCACUCCUGCCAAAGUCCCCCUGCAGCCCCGAGCUCCUGCUGGACCUUCAACAGGCUCACCGAGCACCAAACUGCUCCAGGAGAGGCUCAUGGCUGCUCAGAGCGCCAGCACGGCUACGGCCGACCUCACCUUGCGGCAGAAACUGGAGAGAGAGUCUGAGCUGGCUCAGAUUCGCAGUCGCUUCCAGAAGGGAACCAACAUUUGGAAAAGCAAGACUGAAAAGGAAACAGAGACGGCCAUCAAGGAGCCUGACCAGCGAGUGGAGAGUGACGUCACGGCAGCGCAGCCUCAGAAUGAAGUCAAAGCCCCGUCCAAUGAGGAGCCACAAUCCCCAAAGCGCACCUCUCCAGCAGGUCCUGCUUUGAUGGACAGCCCCCCAGCCUCAACAUCCAGCCCCCUGAAACAAAUCAUCAACGCUGCAGAGAAGAAAGUUGAAGAGAAGAGUGAUGAAACUCCAAAAGAGGAGGAAGAGGAGGUGAUUACAGAGACGGAGAUGAACGUGGACCAGUCCAUUAACUCUGCAGUCAUCAACGACCUCUUCAAUGGCGUGUUGGAGCAGAGUGACGAUGAGGAGGAGGAGGAGGAAGAUCCUUUGAAUAUCUCCUCCAUGUCCCUCCUCAUCCCCCUGGCAGAGACGGUGGCAGCCGUGGUGAAGAGUCCGGAGAGUAAAGUCAUGACGUCCACGCCAGCCAACUCCUUCCUGGUGAAGAACAACCCCCCAGAGAACCCCUGCAGACCCAGCAAGUUCCAGAGAGGAGGAGCGAAACCAGCAACCUCCUCCAGCAGCACAGAGCCUUCAGAGGAAGACCUCAAACUGCCCUACAGCAUCGAUGCCUACAGGUCCACCAGGGUGAAGGAGGCGGAGCGGCCUCACCUGAAGCAGGUGAUCGUCAGGAAGGAGAAUGUCACAGAGAGCGCAGACGAGCCUCGGGGGUCCACUGCCUUCAGCGUCAGGCAGAAGAUGAAGAUUCUGACCAGUGAGGUGAACCUUCAGCAGACGGUGAUCCACCAGGCCAGCCAGGCCCUCAACUGCUGCACCGACGAGGAGCACGGCAAAGGAUCGCAGGUGGAGGCCGAAGCAGAGAGGCUGCUGCUGGUCGCCACGGAGAAGAGGGAGGCCUUAAAGUCAGAGCUGGAGCGUCUGAAAGCAGAUCCAACAGGACAGAAGAAAGCUCCAGAACAGGGCGCCGCGUCCGCCUCCAAGGGCGCCAUCACCCUCCAGGAGCUGCGGCUCCCCCUAAAGGCCGACUUUGUUUGCUCCACUGCUAACAGACCAGAGUCCAAAAAACACUCCUUCUUCAUCCUGAUCCGUGCUGGGGCGGAAGACACCGUGGCCACUCCUCUGGCCAGCACGCACCGCGGCCUCAGUGGAGACACGCUCACCUUCCCCACCAAGUUCAGCAUAUCCGACGUCAGCAGCGACUUUCAAAUCCAGCUGCAGGUUUACUGUCUGGUGCAGAAUCACGAGGUCUGCAGUGAUAAGAAGAAGAAACCCAACAAGUCUAAGAUGAUGUGGAGGCAGGUUCAUGAGGCCCACAGGUUGUGUUUGUCGGCCAUCACUCCAAAGAGGUUCCUCGCCAUCACGAAAAGCGCAAACACACCAGUCAUGGCGAGUCCAGGAGGCCCCAACGCGGUUCGCACCAGCAACUUUGUCCUGGUGGGAUCGCACACGCUCACCCUGUCCUCCAUCGGGAAAAACAAGUUUCCUCUUGAGAAGGUUCCCUUCCUGUGCCCCCUGGAGGGCCACAUCUACCUGAAGCUGCAGUGUGAAGUGGGCUCCAAGGUGGAGGAGAGGGGCUUCCUGACAAUGUUUGAAGACGUGAGCGGGUUCGGCGCCUGGCACAGGAGGUGGUGUGUCCUGUCGGGGUACUGCAUCUCCUACUGGACGUACCCGGACGACGAAAAGAGAAAGAACCCCAUUGGCCGCAUCAACCUGACCAGCUGCACCAGCAAGAGGGUGGAACCGGUCAACCGGGAGUUCUGUGCCCGGCCCAACACCUUUGAGCUGGUCACAGCACGGCCGCAGAGAGAGGGCGACAGGGAGACGCUCGUCAGUCAGUGCACGGACGCGCUGUGCGUCACCACAAACUGGCUGAGUGCCGACACCAAGGAGGAGAGGAAUCAGUGGAUGAAGAAGCUGAACCACAUCCUGCUGGACCUGCGCACGUGGCAGCCGGACGCCUGCAGCGGGCCGGUGUGACCGCCGUGUUUAGGAGUGUCGACAGUUUCCGAGUGCAAUACAUAGAAAACAAACUUUGAAUAAUCGCUCCGUGAGUCACAAGGGAGAAAAAAAAAGCCAUAAGACAUUUCGGAGGAGCAGAGCUUUGGCACUUUUACACACAAAAGCUUGGUUUGCUUGUGCUCACACUGCUUUUUUAUUCAAGCGCUAAUAUUAUGUUUUAAGUAUGAGAUGUGGUUCAAAUAUUGUUGAAUUAAUCUUAAACUUUUUUUUGUCUCCUGCAAGACUAAAACAGCAGGAAGGAGACUUUCUAUUUUAUAUUUUAGCUGUUACAGCUUACGAUCGUCGGAUUUGAGCAGAGGCUUCUGCUUGUCCAGCACUGCGUUGUAUCUGCUUUACUCAUGUCUUUAUAUGUUUUAUUGAGAGGUUGUGCAUGGUUUGUGUGUUUCCUGCAACAGUACAGUGGAUGAGCAGACUUUCAGACUACAGAAACUGCUCAGAUGAUGGUUCGAGUCUAAUUCAGGAACAGACUGCAGGGUUUUGAUGAUAAAAGACUGAGCUUUUUUCACCAUGUUGAGAAUCAAUACAGUUCUUAAAAAAUUAAA